AAAGCCAACCUUAUAUAAAAGCUCAGGCGAGGGUAAAAUGCAGUAAACUGAGUCUAUUCCAUCCCUUUUUACUUGCUCCAUUUCUCUCUCGCUCUGCAAUUCACCGAUCUCUGAUGGAGCAGUAUGAAAAAGUGGAGAAGAUUGGCGAGGGAACAUAUGGAGUAGUAUAUAAAGCUCGUGAUCGUGUAACUAAUGAAACCAUUGCGCUGAAGAAAAUUAGGCUGGAGCAAGAGGAUGAGGGGGUGCCAAGUACUGCUAUCAGAGAGAUUUCUCUUUUAAAAGAGAUGCAGCACGGAAAUAUUGUGAGGUUGCAGGAUGUGGUGCACAGUGAGAAGCGUUUGUAUUUGGUAUUCGAAUACUUGGACUUGGAUUUAAAGAAACACAUGGAUUCUUGUCCAGAAUUCUCACAGGAUCCUCGUCUCAUAAAAACGUUUCUGUACCAAAUACUAUGUGGAAUUGCCUAUUGUCAUUCUCAUCGCGUACUUCACCGGGACUUGAAACCUCAAAACUUGCUAAUAGAUCGACGUACCAAUUCACUGAAACUUGCUGACUUUGGACUGGCCAGAGCAUUUGGUAUUCCUGUCAGGACAUUUACACACGAGGCUGUGACUCUAUGGUACAGGGCUCCAGAGAUACUCCUAGGAUCGAGACACUAUUCUACUCCUGUUGAUGUGUGGUCAGUUGGCUGCAUAUUUGCUGAGAUGGUAAACAAGCAUGCAUUGUUUCCUGGGGACUCUGAAAUUGAUGAACUGUUCAGAAUUUUUAGGGUCGUGGGCACCCCAACUGAAGACACAUGGCCUGGAGUAACAUCCCUGCCCGAUUUUAAAUCAUCAUUUCCAAAGUGGCCAUCCAAGGAUCUGGCAACCGUGGUACCAAAUCUCGAUUCAUCUGGCCUUGACCUCCUUCGUAAAAUGCUCUGCUUAGAUCCGAGCGAAAGAAUCACGGCAAGGGCUGCUCUUGAGCACGAGUACUUCAAGGAUAUUGACUUUGUUCCUUAAUAAGGUAUUAUCCGCAUCCCGGUGCAAAUGUAUAUUAUUUUGUGCAUGUGUGAGGUUAUAAUGGAUCAGAUACGAAACACAUGAUAUCCGGGUGAUUCUACCUCCCUGUUUUUGAUUUCUCGGGUUGUUCUGGGCAAAGCAACUCUGGAUUUAACAGUAGCUCGUUCUCUAACUUGCUAAUGGCCCUCCUUGUGUGGUUGUGAUUGCUUCAUUUUUGUCGGGUUUGUUGUAGGAUCGGGUUGUUACAAGACGUUUUAAAUUUGGUUUGCUCUAUAGUACAUUAUGGUGUUGCCUUA